CUUGUGGAAUAAAAAAAUAUAUAUCUCACACUGGUGUUUUGCCGAAAUCAAUUUUUUUCGAGAAAAUUUAAUCAAUAUGCUUAAAGCGUUAAAUAGAUCUCAAACGUUCGUACAGUUGGUUGAUAAAAAGUGUGCUGAAAUAUUUUUUCGCAAAGAGAAUUGUUUUACAAUAAUAUGCACAUAUUGCGAAUUAAAAACUUUCAGUUUCGAAGAGUAUCUACUGCAUUUCAAAAAUGUGCAUCUUACAACAAACAAUUCAUUACAAAGUAAUGCAAAUAUUGAAACAGUGGAAAUAAAAAUCGAAGACGGCAAAGAUUUCGAAGGAACUUCGAAUACCGAGUUUAUUACUCUAACAGAAUUACAGGAAGUGCCUUUUUCUAAUUCAACCAAUUUAUCCUCUCCUUUUGUUGUCAAUGACAAAAUAACCUCUGAUGACUUAGAUGAGCACAAUGAAUGGCUAAAUGAUGAAGAAACAUUUAAAACUGAUGAAGAACUAAGCAAUCAGGGUUCUGAAUAUAUACCAAGGAUACUCGAACCUGAGCCAAAAAAGAGUUUAACAACAGCGGAAUUCAUAUGCAAGGAAUGCUCUAAAAGUUAUAAAUUCGCAAAAAACUUAGAACGUCAUAUAAAAAAAUGUCAUAGUGAAGAAUUACAAUAUACAUGUGUUCGUUGUAAACAGAAUUUUAAGGAUGAGCGAUUACUAAACGCACACCUUCGAAAAAAACAUUCUGGAUUUCCAUGUGGUGAAUGCGAGAAAGUAUAUUCUAGUAAAGAAGCUUUAAAUAUUCAUCAAUACAAGCACACUGGUGUACGAGGAUUCCAUUGUAGUAUAGAUGGCUGUGGCAAAUCUUUUUUUAAUCCAAAGCAGUUAUCGAUGCACACACGUUAUGUCCAUCGACUUGAAAAAAAUUUUGUAUGUGAAAUAUGUGGAUUUCGCACAAAAGGUCAACCUGCUUUAAUUGUGCACAAGCGUUCGCACACUGGAGAAAGGCCAUUCGUUUGUAAUUUGUGUGGUAAGGCAUUUGCUUCUAAAUCGCUUUUAUGUGAGCACGAACCAUCGCAUUCAAAUGAGCGACCACAUGUGUGCGAUGUCUGUGGACGAACGUUUGCGCGACCAAAAGCACUGUAUCAUCAUAAACAUCUUCAUUUGGGCGUAAAGAAAUUUGUGUGUAAACUCUGUGGCCGUGCCUUUGCACAAAUGGCUGGGCUUGCUGGUCAUAUGCGGCAACAUAAAGCGGAUAACUGUUAAACAUCAAUUUGUAAUUGAAUUGCAAUAAAUUUAAUUUGUUGUGCUAUUCACAAUAUGAAAUUGGUUUUGAGUAAAAUUUGAUUAGUUUCAUAAUAGUUGAACAUA